CGAAAACCAACGAUUAUCUCCUAUCUGUUGUCAAUUCGCACAGCAUCAAUUAAGAACAAGACGGAGAGAUGGAGAACGGCGUCAGGCCCAGUGUUAAUGGGGUGGACAGCCGCCCCGUGACCCCCGGUCCCAAUAUCAAUUCUUUGUCCCUGACUGAAUAUUCCACGAACCCUUCACCGCCGUGCUCUACACCGAAAUCAAAACUGCAGAGCGUAGUACCAGAGGAGUUCAUACUACCAAAUGGGUAUCCUGACUAUCUUCGCCUUAUCCUUACAUCGAGAGUAUAUGAAGUUGUUGAGGAAACGCCAUUGACGCCAGCGAUCAAUCUGAGCAACAGGUUAGAAUGCAAUGUAUUACUGAAGCGGGAGGAUCUGCAGCCCGUCUUCAGUUUUAAGCUGAGGGGCGCGUAUAAUAAGAUGGCGCAUUUGGAUCCGAAGGUUUGCUGGAAGGGGGUUGUUGCUUGCUCUGCCGGAAAUCAUGCACAAGGUGUAGCAUACUCAGCAAGAAAACUCAAAAUCCCCGCCACAAUUGUUAUGCCCGAAGGCACGCCUAGCAUCAAGCAUCUUAAUGUUUCGCGAUUAGGAGGAUCGGUUGUGUUACAUGGGGCUGAUUUUGACGCUGCGAAGGAGGAAUGCGCAAGAUUGGAAAAGCUUCAUGGAUUGACGAAUAUCCCCCCUUUCGAUGAUCCGUAUGUCAUUGCUGGACAAGGCACGAUCGGGAUGGAACUCCUACGACAAACGAAUAUACAAAAGCUGGAAGCUAUAUUCUGCUGUAUUGGGGGAGGGGGCCUAAUUGCUGGUAUUGGAGUAUACGUGAAGCGUAUAGCUCCACAUGUGAAGAUCAUUGGCGUGGAGACACACGAUGCGAAUGCCAUGGCGCAAUCACUGGCCAAAGGAAAGAGAGUGGUCUUGAAUGACGUUGGGCUCUUCGCUGAUGGGGCAGCUGUUAAGAACGUUGGAGAAGAAACUUUCAGACUGUGCCAGGAAGUUGUGGAUGAGAUCAUCCAAGUUACAACUGACGAGACCUGCGCAGCAAUCAAGGAUGUCUUUGAAGAUACACGCUCCAUCGUCGAGCCCGCGGGUGCGCUGGCACUAGCUGGUCUCAAGAAAUAUGUCGCAAGCCACCCCUCUGCCGAUACUUCUCGAAAUCUCGUCGCCAUCGCCUCAGGCGCGAACAUGAACUUCGAUCGCCUGCGGUUUGUAGCUGAGCGUGCAGCUCUCGGCGAGAAGAAGGAGGCUCUGCUCAGUGUGAGCAUCCCAGAGAGACCAGGCGCAUUCGCCGAGCUCAUAAAAGCGGUCCUCCCUCAUUCUGUGACGGAAUUUUCUUACCGAUACGCCACGGAUGCUAUUGCCAACGUGCUCCUUGGCAUCUCACUUACAUCACCCGCCUCCCAACGAGAGGCCGAGCUCGACUCGCUCCUCUCCCGCAUAGCAGCAGAAGGAAUGAAAGCCACCGACCUCUCUGGAGAUGAGCUCGCGAAGUCACACAUACGCUACCUAGUUGGUGGUCGAUCGGGAGUUCCAAACGAACGAUUGUACAUGUUUAACUUCCCUGAGCGACCUGGAGCUCUGGAAAGGUUCUUGACGACAUUAAGACCGAGAUAUAAUAUCAGUCUGUUCCAGUACCGAAAUGCGGGGAGUGAUAUUGGGAAGGUAUUGACUGGAAUCUUAUGUCCGGAUGAUGAGUUGAAGAAACUAGAGAGCUUCCUCAAUAAGAUCGGGUAUCCCUGGGUGGAUUGUACCAAGAGUAAGGUUUUUGAGACCUUUUUGAGAUCUUGAGACCUUGGGCCUUGUGAGAGGUGAGAAUAUGGUGGCAAUCAUGGUUCGUUUUAGCUUGGAGUUUUGGAGGGUGGUUUCAAGGGAAGAGAAAAGCCUACGGAUAUAUAGAAUUCGAGG